CACACACUUGUGAACUCCAACAGAGGAAGGACAAUACAGUCAGAGAGCUCACAAAGGACCAGCUCAGACCCUGCAGAACUCCGCUGUCACACUGACACAAUCAAAAGAAAAACGAAGUGACGUUUUAUUGUGCGUACUCCCAAACUCAUUCAGGAGCCAGCUGGUUUUACGCUGAGCAGAGGGACUGGGAUUGCCAGCGCUGACGAUGUGAAUGGUUUGGGUAAAACCUGACAGCUGUCUGACUUCUUGUCACCGCUGAAGUGGAUCAUAACCACCGAGACGAGAGCAGAACACACCGGGAGAAAAGGACACGCGUGAGAAAGUUUACCAUGCACUGACAACAAGGAAUGGAAAGCAUCAGCGUGGAAACGGACUGGGAUGGGUUAGCCCUCUCCUCUCUGGUCGUCACAGGAAGGAACAACUUCUCUUCCUCGUCUUUGUUUGUCUCUGAACUGAACUCCCUCAAUAGCUCUCACAGCCGGGGAUCCUUGUUCGGGAUCUUCCCUGAGAAUGGCUCCACCACCACGCCUCACACCUUGCCCCAGCCCAGGGUGAGGGAUCUGGGCCUGGCCCGCGCCGAGAUCGCGGUACUCGGGUUGGUGCUGGCUCUUACCACCCUGGGGAAUAGCUUUGUGCUGUGGGUGCUGCUGAGGAGAAGGAAACACAACGCACCGAUGCACGUGUUCAUGGUCAACCUGUGUGUGGCUGACCUGGUGGUGGCUCUCUUUCAGGUACUUCCCCAGCUUAUAUGGGACAUCACAGAGAGGUUUCAGGGCCCUGACUUGCUCUGCCGGUCCAUCAAGUACUUGCAGAUUGUGGGCAUGUUUGCCUCCUCCUACAUGAUAGUUGCCAUGACAGUAGACCGGCACCAUGCCAUCUGCUGCCCAUUGCAGGCUUACCGUGGGGGAGCAAUGUCCCGCUGGAACACCCCUGUCAUGGUGGCCUGGGGCUUGGCUCUAGUCCUCAGCAUACCGCAGGUGUUCAUCUUCUCUCGCUCAGAAGUGGCUCCCGGGGUGUACGAGUGCUGGGGUCACUUUGCUGAGCCGUGGGGCCUGAAGGCGUACGUCACCUGGAUGACCGUGGCGGUCUUCCUCCUGCCCGCCCUCAUCAUUACCAUCUGUCAGAUAAGAAUCUUUCGAGAGAUUCACAAUAACAUCUACCUGAAGUCAGAGAGGAUGGUGAUGGCUGAGCUGAAGAAGAAUGAAAUCCUCUUCCGCUUCCACAGCUUCAAAAAGGAGGAUGAGAGGACCAGGGACAGGGGGAGACGGGCGUCGGGAGGAGGGGGCAGGGACGGGAGGGGAGGACAGCUCUUAAAGGGUGUGAAUAACAACCCUCACAAUAACAGCCAUUUCCGUGGUGAACAUGUGACCACAGCGACAUCGCCUACACAGCAGCAAAUACUGAGCAGCUCAGAUUGCCAGGAGUCCUACGCGUCCUACGAGCUGGCCUCAGGCUCACCCCGCUGCUCCCUUGACUACGCCCCCCCUCAACCCCCAUCCACUCCACCUCCAAGCAUCACUAAAGCCAUGUCCAAGACAGUGAGGAUGACCCUGGUCAUCGUGCUGGUCUAUACUAUCUGCUGGUCACCUUUCUUCAUUGUCCAGCUUUGGGCGGCCUGGGACCCCAACCCUCCAGAUCAAGGAGUGGCCUUCACUAUCCUGAUGCUGCUGGCCAGUCUGAACUCGUGCACCAACCCGUGGAUCUACACAGCUUUCUCCAGCAGCGUGUCCACGGAGCUGCAGAGCCUGCUGCACUGCCGGUCGGGACCUGGCCGCCGGGGCUCCCUGCCUGACGACUCCACCACCACACACACCUCCACCACCAAGGAAAGCCUGUACUGAUAGAGACUACUGAGACAGAAACACACAGAGAAGACGUGCAUGGGCGCAAGGACUCGGCCACCACCACCACCUCCGGCGUCGCAGCCUGAGAACAGAGAGCUCUGACCUGUACCAGAUGUUUCCAACAACAAAGGACAGCUGUACUGUCAACAGGACCUCCAUCUGUAAUCACCUGUCCUCUCCACCCCAGCAGUGAGGAAGGGUGUCAUUGAAGAUGUCAACACCACUUAAUGAGGGCACUGUGGAAUAUACUGUACAGUGACAGUCAGUGACAGCAUCUGCAAUGCAAAAUGGUCUUGAAAGUAAAGAGAUUUUCACCUUCACUGCGGCUGAGCAGGUCCCUGUGCAUUGAUUCAUGUGAGAAAAACUGCUCAGACAGAGAAGAGCUGCAGGAAUGCAAUGGGUGGAUCACUGCAUUAAUGGCCCUUACGGCACGCCUAAUGUACAAAGCAGCAGACAAAGCUAUGGGUGUAGAGAAAACAAAGCAGCAGGCUGAGGGAAAAGGAAGGAAAGACACAUACAGACAGCAAGAGAGGGAGAGCGAGACUGCGGCUGGACGGAGAACAGACAGGGGAUGACAUGGAUGUUACAGCUGCAGGAGCAGACCUGAGAAGGCUGUAGUUGAAAUCUAAUAAUGUGAACAAACUUUGUUAAAUCAAACAAAAGUGGAUUACAGACGGAGGCUUGAGGCUGAAUUCAUAUUCGCUCAGGAGGAAUCCGGUUCCGAAGAACAAUAGCGAUUUGUUAGCAAGAAGGAUGGAGAUUCACUCAUGAGGAGGGCGCAGCAGAGUCGAGACACUGCCCCACGAGGAGCUGGAAUACUGCGGACAGGAGGAGGGGUGGAGGUGGGGGGGCGCCUGGGAGAAUACAAAUGAACAAUCCAGGUUUCCUCAACCAUGCAGGACACAAUUAUGUGACUGUAUAUUGUACAAACACAGCAUAUGAGGUACAUGAAGUUACCUUCCUGCCACGCUCUCCUGAAUGUACGAAUCAAGAGCACGAACGUUAAGCAGGAGAUACAGGAAGGAACCAAACACAACACAGCAAACAGCAUUCCAUGUACAGUGAUGAACAAUGUAAAGUAUAUUUAUUGAACAUGUAAGGCACAUUGGAUGUUAUCUCAUUUUGUGUAAGGUAAACGUUGAAUGUAAGUCUCGCAAUGGUAGCGGCCCGAUAUGUGUGGUAGAAAACAAGUCAAACCAAAGACAUUGUGAAGCUCGACUGUGGACUCAAUAUGACAAACCUUCAGCAUUUCAAGUGAGAAUACUCCCGGUCAAACCAAGUGCCUGGGCGUUUGUAGAGGGGCCUCCCUCACAGGAUUUAUCUUCGAAUGAUGUCAGCCAUGUUAUUCUUAGACAGAACAACCACCAGGGCAGGAAUCAUAGGAAAUGUUACAUCACACCAUGAGCCAUGUGUGCUUUAAUCUGUUUAUUUAUUGUUGUGUAAAUGAAUAUAUAUAUAUAUAUAUAUAUAUAUAUAUAUAAAGAGAGAGAGAGAGAGAGAGAGAUGUGUACAUAUGUAUAGAUAGAUAAAUAGAUAUAUCAGUUCCUGUUACGGCCUUAUGUUUGUGUACAGUUUUUAUAUCACAUUUUAUUCUUCGUAAAGAGUAAUGUAUUACGCCCCUCAACUGCAUGACAGAUUUAAAAUUGUAAUGUUAUGACAUUUUUUUCAUAAAAGUGCGAUUAUAUAAGUUACUAUACACACUGUAGGUAACAACUUUCUGUGUGUAUAAAUUAGGGUUAUAAUUUACUGUAUGUGGUCACACUAUUCAUUUCAGUCAAGAUGUUCCUGUAAAUGACGGCGUGCUUUUUUGAAAUGCUGCUUACUCAUCUUGAGCCAGUUCAACGCAUCCUUAUUUCAUGAGAGAGCAGUGUCAUGCGUGUCGGCGGGACAAUGCUGGGAUGCUUUCAAGGUGUCUCAGGAGCAGCCGUCUGGGUCGAAAAAAGGCCUCACCUUUUCCUCUGUGUGGCCAGGGUGUUUGGGCUUUCAGCACGCCACUGUGAAUUUGUUCCCGAGACACAAGCCUCGGCUUUGAUUCUGUGCCAGAUGAAAGGCCGCAGCAACAACCGUCCCGUGUCUUACUUUGUUAU